CCCUGAAGGCUCCGCCCGGCCGCAAGGCACUCCCACGCACCCGAGACGGUUUCGCCAACGCGCCUCCCGCCCUGCAGCCGACCCUGCUGGGAAUGUGCACGCCCCCCCCGGCCUAGCAGCGUGCUCCCCCCGGAAGGUGCCAUUGUCGCGACCGCUGCCCCAGAAUGUGCCCUUGCUCCCGUGGCUGCCUCCAGCACUGCCGCUUCACGGCCCGCGCCCGGUUCAAAGGCCGGCUUGCCGCCAAAGCCAUCUAGCCUCAUGCAGGAGACCCUCGGAGAACCCAGAGCCCCGGACAGCCAUGUGAAGAGCCUCCUCAUGUCAUGUCUGAAAGGGCAGCAGGUCAUCAUCAAGAUGGAGGCCAUGAAGAUCAUCCACCCGGAGAAGUUCUCGGAGCUGCAGAACUCUCAGGCGCGCUUCGGCCCCGCCCCCCGCCGGGAGCCGCCCCUGGUGGCCAAGCGGGCCUGGCCCUCCGAGUCGGAGAUCAUCGUCAACCAGGCCUGCGGGGACCUCCCAGCCUUGGAUGGCCACCCGGGCCCCCUGGGGCUGUCCCGGACGCCGCCCCUGCCCCGGCGCGAGCAGCUCUACCGUGGGCAGCGCAAAGGCAGCUCCGACUUCUGCUAUCACCGCCAGCCGCCGCUGCCGCCGCCGCCGCCCUCCGAUGAGGUGAUCGUCAACCAGUACGUGCUGCACCCCUCCACCCCCUGCGAGCCCCUGGAGUGCCCCACCUGCGGCCACGUGUACAACUUCACCAACAAGCGCCCGCGCAUCCUCUCCUGCUUGCAUUCGGUGUGCGAGGAGUGCCUGCAGAUCCUCUACGAGUCCUGCCCCAAGUACAAGUUCAUCUCCUGCCCCACCUGCAAGCGGGAGACGGUACUGUUCACCGACUACGGCCUGGCCGCGCUGGCCGUCAACACCAGCAUCCUCAACAGGCUGCCCGCCGAGGCCCUGGCCGCCAACCAGGUGCAGUGGAGCACCGACGCCGACCGCAGCUGCUACCAGACCUUCCGCCAGUACUGCGGGGCGGCCUGCACGUGCCACGUCCGGAACCCGCUGUCUUCCUGCACCAUCAUGUAAGCUGCGCGUUCGCCACACUCCCCUGGGUCCACCCGAACCCUUCCACCGCCCCGGCAGCGGGACUGCAUACGCGAGAGGAGAGCGU